AUGGUAUCGAAUGCAUAUAUGACUAUGUCGACACAACAAUUUCCUAUAGCCAUGCAUAAUUUAUCAAACAAAUUUGAGAACACUAUUUUAAUAGAUGAAUUUCAAUAUUCGAUAAAUGAUUCGAAUAAUACUUUAAAUGAUAGAAAACCAUUUCGAAGUGAAACUGGCGAUAUAAUUCAAAUACCUGUUUUUACACUCAUUAUUAUUUUUGCUUUUGUUUAUAUAAUACUUGUUUUAAGUCGAAAAAUUCUUCGAACAAACCAAUUUACUUGGUUAACAAUUAACAUAUCUGUUUCAUGUAUAUCAUUUUCUUUUGAACAUUUAUUAUCAAUUAUUAUGUUUUUAAGUAAUCCAUCAGACACAAUACUAUCAUGCCGUUUAAAAGGUUUUUUUAUGCAUAUGAGUGCACAUCAUGUUAUGUAUGCACAUUGUAUUGCUUCAUUUUGUCGUGUACUAUCAAUUCAAUAUCUUCAUAAACCAUUAUUUCGAUCAAGUCGUUGGAUAUUGGGAAAUAUCAUCGUAGGUUGGCUUAUUGGAUUAUUUGCUACAUUACCUUACUUAUUUUUUGAUGAAGCUACAUGCUUAGUUCAUAAUGGUGAAGAAUUUCUUGAAAUAUAUGCUUGUUUCUCUAUAAUACUUAUACCAAUUACUAUUGUAACUAUAUGUAAUAUUGUAACAUUUCGAUAUGUACGAUUAUCGAGUAAACGUAUACAUCAUUUAAAAGGCAACAAUACAAAUCAACUUGGCAAACGAGAAAUGUAUUUAUUUAAAACAAUGUUAUUAACAUUUUGUAUAUAUGUUAUUGGUGCGGCACCAAUUUUGAUCGAACAAGUAUUUGUUCACGAUGAAAAUUAUUUGCCUUCUGUUGUAUCAAAUAUGUUUCAUGUUUUACCAGCAAUAUCUCUUUUAGCUCAUGUAAUAUUACUUAUUUAUUCAGAUCAAUCAGUUCGGAAUAUAAUUAUAAAAGCAUUGCAAUUCAAUGAAAAAUUUUUAUGUAUUUUUAAAUCUUAA